CGUAGGGAUCAGGUGACUGGAAGUUCUCCGCCGGCACUCUUAUAAGGGAAGUUUGAGGAGUGUGACUCAGUCCACCCGCUGGUCCCGACCCUGGAUUUGAACCCGCCAGAGUCUCCUCGGGCCCCCGCUGCUGCUGCUGCUGCCGCCGCCUCUCAGUCCGCGGCUGACGCCCCCUGAGAAUGGGUGACUGGAGUGCUCUGGGUCGUCUGCUGGACAAGGUCCAGGCCUACUCUACUGCUGGGGGGAAGGUGUGGCUGUCGGUCCUCUUCAUCUUCAGGAUCCUGGUCCUGGGUACCGCAGUGGAGUCCGCCUGGGGGGAUGAGCAGUCUGCCUUCAGAUGUAACACCCUCCAGCCUGGUUGUGACAACGUCUGCUAUGACAAGUCCUUCCCCAUCUCCCACGUUCGCCUCUGGGUCCUCCAGAUCAUCUUUGUCUCGACGCCCACGCUCCUUUACCUAGCUCACGUCUUCUAUCUGAAUAGGAAGGAACAGAAACUCAACAGGAAGGAGGAGGAGCUCAAAGCUGUGCAAAACGAUGGAGGGGAUGUUGACAUCCCGCUGAAGAAAAUUGAGAUGAAAAAGCUCAAGUACGGCAUUGAGGAGCACGGCAAAGUGAAGAUGAAGGGGGCUCUGCUCAGAACCUAUAUCUUCAGUAUUUUCUUCAAGUCCACGUUCGAGGUGGGCUUCCUGCUUAUCCAGUGGUACAUGUAUGGUUUCACCCUCUCUGCAGUCUACACCUGCGAGAGGUCCCCAUGCCCACAGAAGGUGGAGUGUUUCCUGUCCCGACCCACAGAGAAGACCGUCUUCAUCAUCUUCAUGCUGGUGGUGUCACUGGUGUCCCUGCUGCUCAACAUCAUUGAGCUUUUCUAUGUGUUUUAUAAGAGGAUCAAAGAUCGUGUCAAGGGCAGACAACCACCCACUCUCUACCCAAGUGGAGGCACCUUGAGCCACACCGCCAAAGACCUGUCCACCACCAAGUAUGCCUACUAUAAUGGCUGUUCCUCCCCGACUGCCCCACUCUCACCCAUGUCCCCUCCAGGCUACAAACUGGCCACAGGAGAGAGGGGAACGGGCUCAUGUCGUAACUACAAUAAGCAGGCCACUGAGCAGAACUGGGCCAACUACUCAACAGAGCAGAACCGGCUUGGCCAGACCGGGGGAGGAAGCACUAUUUCAAAUUCCCACGCACAAGCCUUUGACUUCCCCGAUGAUACCACCGAGCAUAAGAAACUGUCCUCGUCCGCAGGACAUGAGCUUCAGCCGCUGGCGUUGAUGGACGCCCGGCCCUGCAGCCGGGCCAGCAGCCGGAUGAGCAGCCGAGCCAGGCCUGACGACCUGGACGUGUGAGCCCCGGUUCUUCCUCCUCCCACCUUUGCCUGGCUGAUGGGAUGUAUGGCUGCAGCCAGAGAAUCAGGAAACACUCCAUCACACAGGUUCAUUUAAGAGGUGGGACUAGCCUAGCACUCUUAGUCAAAGAAAGAGACAUCCAAACGUAUUAUGUUACACAUCAGAGGUACAAAUUCCAUGUCGUUUUUUUCCAAUGACAUUUACCAUAACUUCUGAGUGGAGCUAACCCGUACAGAACAGAACAGAACAGCUACAUGAAUUAUAACCACUAAUCACUUUAACCCCACAGGGCCACACUGGUCAAAGAUCUGCAGUCAUGGUGACGGCCUGACAUCAGGGUGCCUUCAUAAAUGUGUUUGACAACUGGACAGGGACGUCAGAUAGAAAUUCUAUCUCUAGUUUAUUCACAUCUUUUUUCUCAAUGAACAUUGUCCGUGUCAAAUAAACGUAUUCAUAAACAUAAAGUCCAGUGGGGCAAGAAACACCUCUGCAUGACAUCCCCAUACCCCAACGUCCCAAGUCCCAUACUGUUUUUCUGUGCUUUCCAAAAUGACCCAUGUGAAAGCUUUGCGCUCUGUCUCCCAGCCCGUGGUUAAGGUAACUCAAUCUAGUUCAGAUCUUCUGUAUGUAACAGACAGGAGGGUUAGUGUCCAGUAUAGGAUUCCUCUAGUGAACAGGUCAGGGUCAGGACUGUCCCUCGCUCUAAUAUGAACCCGUGUGAUCGAUUGCAACGUCAUUCAAUUAACAUUCCAUCUCAACUGACACUGUCCGAUGAACUCGACCACACUUACAGUUGUUCUUACAGUUUGUUUUAUGUUAUUAAGAGAUGUUUAUGUAUAAAUCAAUAUUACAAGUCAUAUUUUUUUGUUUGUUUGAACUUAGGUCCUAACUUUCUUAACCCAGUUCUCAAUUUGAAUCACAUUGUAGUCUCUGAGUCGCAACCAAGCCUGGACUCGUCGCGUUGAGUGAAGAAUGAAACAGUUAGGGUUGUGAGGAAAGCGCUUCAUAUCAGUUGUAGUGAAUAUUUAUUGGCAUCUGUAGAACACCCUACCACUAAGAAGAAGAAUUGACUACUAUCCAGUUUCUUACUGACAGAAAACAGCAAAAUCAACUCCCCAACAACUGUAUAUUUAUUGACAGUAAACAAAUGUAUGUUUUUUUUCAUUAGUAACAUGGGCUGUGUUUCCUGAUAAACUUUGAAUUUAUGUGGUCUUAUGUAGUUUUAUAUGUCUCUUGUUGGGUGUGUGAGGGGGAGGGGCCGAGGGUUCAGGCUGAUCUGCUUGUACGUGGUUCCAUAAAGAACGGCUUUAUUAUGUUAUUCAUUCCACUUUUGCGUUCUCUUUUUUCAUCUUUUGUUGACGGUAGAGAAGAACAGUAGAAUGAUGUUUUACAUAUUUGAGUGAAUGAUUUCUUUGUUCUGUAGGUCAUGUUUUGAUUUCAUUUUUUCUGAUGUAACCAUUGCUGCUUGAGAAAUAGAUAUUUAGUACUGUACAUCAAGCUAACUGUGAGUUUUUAGAAGACUGCUUAUAGAUCUGGACUAAUAUUUAGUCAGUUAUAUUAAAAUGUAUGCCAAUGUAGCUCCACAACUACACAACACUAGGAUGAAUCUAAAUUUGGGCUUCUUUUACUUUCAUUGUCAUUUUAAAACUUUCCAUCAUUUUGUCGGUACUUACAUAUGUCAUGGAUCCUUCGGCUACAAUGGCAUUUGCACUGAAAUGUUGGUGAUAGAGAUGUAAUAUGAUGCACACAGUAAGUGUUAAGAGUUUUCUGAUACACAUGUUACUAAUUUAUUUUAUAACACAGAAAUCCCUACAGUGCAUAAUAUCAGACAUCCGACCUGUGGUUUCAUUGUCUGGUACUGUGAGAGAUGUCUUCUACAGUCUUUCGCUGCCGUUAUUCAGACAAUGCUAAUCCAUGGGGAUCCACUGUUGUACAGUGUAAGUGCAUGAUAGCAAAAACAAAAACCCAUUAAUUGUAUCUGUGAAAAGCUAUUUUAACCAAUAAAUAUUUUCUUUCUUAA